AUGUCUGCAUUCUCGCAAACCAUAGCGCUCUCGCGUCAAGUGCCGCUCUAUCUAUUUGGCUUCAUCAUUGCCAUCAUCAUAUACAGUCUAUCUCGUAUUCUCCGUCGUUCUGCACAACGCGUACCCGACGCUCCAUGGCUGCGAAUAUCAAAUCUACCUGGGAAGGCGGGCGAACUAGAAGAUGCGCGGCUUUAUGUCAAGAACGGACACGAGGUCAUCUGCCUGGGUUACGAGAAGUACACCAAGAAAGGCCAGAAUUGGCUCAUGAGAACCCCCGAGGGAUUUCAGUUUGUGUACCAUCCGAGAUACAUCGAAGAGGUUCGCUCAGCCAAAGACACGGAGCUGUGGAACUUGCCAGCCAACAACGAACUGGUGCAAACGCGUUAUACCAUGCACAAGAACUUGGAAUACGAUCAAUAUCACUUCAACGUCGUCAGCAAACAAUUGACUCAGAGCCUGGGGCCUGGGCUUCCUGCCAUUGUCGACGAAUGUUUCGGGGCAUUCCACGACUUGAUAGGGGAACCAAAGGAAUGGAAAUCAAUGGUCAUGUUCCCCGUCUCUUUCAACAUCGUGACUCGAACUGCAAACCGCCUUUUGUUCGGCGCAGAUCUCGCCAGGAACAAGGAGUUUUUGAAACUCGCCAUCGAAUACAGCGACACGUUCUUUGCUGGUGCCAACAUGAUCCGCCAUUAUCCGCCAUGGACGAAACGCCUGGCGUUAUACCUCAAGACGGGCAUGUACUCGCAACAGACGCAGGCGAGGAAACAUCUCUAUCCUCUGCUGCGGUCUCGUAUCGCAGCAAUGGAGAAGGCAAAAAGAGAAGGCACGUAUGAAGAGUUUGAAAGGACAAAGCCAGCCGAUACUGUCCAGUGGGUUCUCGACAUUACCCCUCCGGAAAGGCUGCACGACCUCAACGAUAUCAUGAUGAGACUCGUUCACAUCCUCACCGCGGCGGUGCAUACCAGCAGUGUCACCUACCUCAAUGCACUCUACGACCUCGCCCAGCAUCCCGAGAUUCACGACGAACUCCGUGAAGAGAUCAACAACGUGUUCGCCUCCGAGGAUGGUGUGUGGAAGAAGCAGGGUCUGACCAAAGCAAUGAAACUGGACAGCUUCAUCAAGGAGAGUGCGAGGUUUCAUCCCUUCCAAGCAGGCACGAUGGACCGAAUCGCAAUGAAGGACUAUACACUCAGCGACGGCACCGUCGUCCCCAAAGGAACAUACAUGAUUACUCCGUCGUCAGCGGCCAACUUCGACACGGAAAUCUGGGGUCCUGACGCCCUGGAAUUUGAUCCGUGGAGAUUCCAGAAGAGGCGGCUCGAGAAAGGCCAGGAGACGCUACACUCGAUGGUCCAAACGACACCUCAAUUUACCUAUUUCGGUCACGGGAGACACGCGUGCCCAGGUCGAUUUUUCGCCGUCAACGAGAUCAAGGUGCUCCUGAUUUAUACCCUGACGCAUUACGACAUCAAAUUUCCGGACAAGAGUCCAAAGCCAGAGCUGAUGUGGUUCUCUGGCAAGUCUAUGCCCGAUAUGACCGCCGAGAUUAUGUGGAAGUGGAGAGAGAACGUCUCUGUUCCUUGGAAUGAUGUUUCUGGAGCAUGA